GCUAACCACUAGUCCGCCGUGCCGCCCUACAGCAUUUAUAGUCUACUUUUUUGUUUUUUGAUUAAAACAGGCUCAACCAGGAUUAUGAUAACUGUGAUUAACAUGAUUUGUUUUGUAACAAACAUGGAGGGAAAGCCUUUGCCUAGAAAAGCCAGGAUUAAAGUUCAGUGCUGAAGACAGCAUCUUUGUGAUUAACACGUGUUCCAUAGACGCAAAAGCUUGUUAAUAGGUUUGUUUAUUAAGACUCCAGGAAGUUGCAGUCAGUUCAAGUCCAGUACUUGUUGACUUGUUAACUAAGCAGGUUACUGUUUCACCACUAAGAGUCUUUUUAAAUGGCAUCUUCCGUUCUACUCAUCCCUCAUGACAGAGCAGGAAGGCGUCCUUUAUUGUCCACUUCCUACUGCUAUUGUUAUUGUUGCUGUCACUGAGCCGUGUGAGCUCCUCCUCAGCAACACUGGCAUCUGUGUGCUGCAUAAAUAUUUGUUGGCAUCAAAGAUGGUAUUGUUUCAGAAGCCUAUCGACGCCACUGUUCUCUCCUCUUCUGAGACCUCGGGGGCAGUGGGGCCCACCUUCCAGCUCGGCCCCGCCCAUGCUCUUUUCUUUUUUAAAACAAGCUCUCUCUCUCUCGUCAUGCAUCACUCUGUCCUACUUUAUUCUCGUCCUGUGUCAGCCGGCCUUUCUUUUGCGUCCUCUAUCCAUUCUCUACUCAUGUUCUCGCCUUCCCGCCGGCGCUCUGCUUCCUGUUUCCUACUCCCUCUUCGUCUCCAUCUCGCGUCAGCUGGUAGCCUGACCUUCCUUCUUUCCUGUCCACGCCACUUAGCGCGUAUGCUCUCGUCUUUCUCCUCCUCCAUGGUUCCCAUGAGGACUCUGCACCGGCUCAAGCUGAUGAGCUCGCCGAGCCUUAGUGACCUGGGCAAGAGCGAGAAGGGUUCACCAGAAGACAGAGGGGAGAAGCAGAAGAGGGCUGGUGCCAACGCCACCUGGAACAGUAUCCACGACGCCGUCAUCGCAGUCUUCCAGAAGAAAGGUUUGGCUGAUAACGAACUUUACGCUCUCAAUGAAGGCGUCAGGCACCUGCUGAAAACUGAACUGGGUUCCUUCUUCACAGAAUACCUUCAGAACCAGCUGCUGACAAAGGGCAUGGUCAUCCUGAGGGACAAAAUAAGGUUCUACGAAGGUCAGAAGUUACUGGACUCUCUGGCAGAGACAUGGGACUUCUUCUUCUGUGAUGUGCUCUCCAUGCUGCAGGCCAUCUUCCACCCAGUCCAGGGUAAGGAGCCUUCCGUCCGACAACUGGCUUUGCUUCACUUCAGGAGCACCAUCGUCCUGAGCGUUAAGUUAGAGGACGCCUUGUCUCGCCCUCGAGCCCGAGUACCACCCUCUGUGACGCAGAUGCUGCUCAUCCUACAGGGAGUCCACGAGUCACGUGGUGUGAAUGAGGACUACCUGAGGCUGGAGUCUUUGGUCCAGAAAGUGGUCUCGCCCUACUUGGGCACACAUGGACUUUACUCUGGAGACGACACUGAGGACCACUGCUGUGUUCUGGAGAAGCGUUUACAGUGGGGCUGGUCCAAGUCUGCUGACCAGCUGUCUAAAAAUCCUGUGGUACGAUCCAAAAGCUACAACAUUCCUCUACUGCUGACCCCGGUGGCUGAGUACGACCCGGAUAGCAGCUCCGUUGGCAGCGGAGGAAUCAGGCGUCACUCGGCCUGUGAGAUGAUAUCAUGCCUGGAGGAACAAAGUUUGACCUACGCCGACCUGGCGUCCAGCGCCGAGCUCUCUGGCUCCGCCUCCAACAGACUUUGCGUGGGCUCCCAGUAUAAAGGUAUAAUGCAAGCAGGAGCCGCCUCCAUGGACCUCCCUCUGUCCUCACCUUCCCUCCUCCCGCUCCCGCUCCAUUCAUCCGGAGCGCUGCACGGCACCGAAGCCACGACCACCAUGACUGACCUCAGCAAAGCGGCAUCUUGCACGCCGCCCAGCGAGUCGUCCAGCCCCGAAACCAUCAUCGGACAAGUGCUCGAGUCUGCAGACUCAGACUCAGAUGGGAUAUUUAUCGAUUUCCCACCUCAUUCCUCAGAGGCUCUGGGCUACAGUCGGGAAAGCCGGCAGAGUACAGUGUAGCCGGGCACCACACACACACAUUCAUUCACCAACAUCGUGAGUACAUUUCAUUCCUUUGUUUUCCGUCCAUUUACGCUGCUUUAUGCUGGUUAUAGAAGUGAACUAGUUAGCUAACCAAAAACAUGAAAUUAAUUUAAAUACGAGAAUUCUCAGAAAGCACACACCUCCAGUGAUGAUGUAUUUUAAUGCUAAAACUAAACUUGUGGACUUGCCAAAGAAGAAACAAUUUACUUUUGGUGAGGAUCUGUAUAAAAGGUACAGAUUGUGACAGUCCAGUAAAAAAAUCCAACUUUUUUUCCCUUUUACAUUUAAAACAAAUCAGCUUUUCUUUUUAGAGCAAAAGAAAAAAAAAUGCUCAAUUUGGAGAUACAUGCUUAUUAACAAAAAAUGGAGAUAGAGUACAUUCUGUAUGCUUAAAAAAUUCAGUGAUGCAUGCUUUUAUAAAUAAAAAAGCAAUUUGAACAGGCAUUCUGUGUAAAAAGUAAAAAAAAAAUCGGUGAUGCAUUUUUUAUAAAAGUAACAUUUAAAAAAAAUUGGAGACUUUUGUAAGAAGGCAAAAGAAAAUUGAUUAAAUAUGAAGAUCUUUACAUAGUAAAAAGGCACAAACACUACAUUUGAAAAUAGAUUACUUUACAAAUUCACUGUAGAAAAAUUCCAUUCCAUAAUUUGGAUAUACAUACUUUUUAAACCUAUAAUUUAUCAAAUGUGAAGAUAUACGUGGGGCGAGUGGUUAGCGCGCAGACCUCACAGCUAGGAGACCAGGGUUCAAUUCCACCCUCAGCCAUCUCUGUGUGGAGUUUGCAUGUUCUCCCCGUGCAUGCGUGAGUUUUCUCCGGGUACUCCGGUUUCCUCCCACAUUCCAAAAACAUGCUAGGUUAAUUGGCCACUCCAAAUUGUCCAUAGGUAUGAAUGUGAGUGUGAAUGGUUGUUUGUCUAUAUGUGCCCUGUGAUUGGCUGGCCACCACCAGUCCAGGGUGUACCCCGCCUCUCGCCCAAAGACGGCUGGGAUAGGCUCCAGCACCCCCGCGACCCUCGUGAGGAUAAGCGGUAGAAAAUGAAUGAAUGAAUGGAGAUACGUGUUGUUGUUUCCAAAAAGAAAACAAUCUAUUACAUUUGGAAAUACAAAAUUUGUUAAAUUGGAAAAACAUGCUUUAACAUAUCCAUGAUUUUUUUUAACUGUUAGAGCCCUGGUGGAUGUGCUGAUUAGAGAGAACAAAGACGUCACAUCACAGACUGUAACCUGGGUAAUUAAUCAUAUACCUAUAUGUUUAUGUUUGGCAUUGAGUCAAUUGACAUAGAGCUAGUGAGAGACAAUAGUGUUAUGGGGAUUUAUUUAUUACCUAAAGAAAUGGUAAGCAGCUUCAUUCCAUUGAGGAUAAUUUUGAUCCUUCAACUGAAUGUAAAAUGAUCACAAUUUCAUAUUUUUUUUUACAUUGCAGCACCAUCUCAUACAGGCUCAUCAGUACCAACUUAUUUCUCCAUUUCCAGUAAACACGCUAUGAUAAUGUGGGCUAAUGAACUGUUUUGUAUUUGUAUGUAUUUCAAUGCUUGUAGCGGUCGAAUGCUUUUUACAUGGUGUGUUUCUUCCUGCUUUGUACAGACAAACUUCUUUUUAUUGUUUACAUUUCAAAGACAAAUGUACUGAAUGUUGUCUCACACACUGUCCUUUGCAUCUUGUCGAUAUACAAGUGCAUUGUUAGUUUUCUCAGACAGCUUGUGGUUAUGAAAUGAAUUCAUGUUUUCUUAAAAAGGGCUUUUUAAAAGAAUCUUUAAAAAAAAAAUGCUUUACCUCAAGCUUUUUGUACUUCCCUUUUUUUGGACAAUCUAUACGGAGUUGUACUUUGUAUUCAUUUGUUAUACUAGCCCGGUGAAAAUAGAUUUGAAUAAAAUGUCAAAUGUGGUUUACAACCU